GACAAGCUGACACCGAAAGGCGCUGGUGACGUCCUCGUGAUUCCGUGAUUCCCAGCCGAGCAAGCACUGGACCCAUCUGCCGACAGCGCCAGCAGCCCUCCCAGCCGUAGAUACCCAAGAGAGGCAGAGCCACGCACAUAGGCCGGCGGACAGGCAGCCGGGCCCUCUCAAUUUCAUUUGGAAUACACCACCCUCGGCUCGCUGCCCUGCUCCUUGCUUCGCCGCGCCCAACCAACCGUUUUCUUUCCAUCGGUUUGGCGCCAGGACGUGACGCCGCCGUCUGCCUGCUCUACCUGCUCUGCUUGCGCUCUCGUCUGGCAGCCGCGGCAGAGAGAGAAAUCCAGCCAUCGCCUGUCCGCCCAACGCGUUACCGGCUCUCCGUUAGGUCGUCCCUGCGACCCACCCUGACCGGGCAGAGCAGAGUAGGUUGCGCCGCAGGCUGCUGACAGCCCCAGCCCAGACACUGCUGCAAUCGCCCUCGCCGACAUCCCGUCUCCCGCUGCCGGCGCUACCACCGCCAACACCACCAUUCCGGCCGCAACCAUGGAUUCAAACGUUACGCGGCUGCUCAACGAUAAGAUUUAUGACAAGCGGAAAGUCGGUGCUUUAGAGCUCGAGCGCGCCAUCCGCGAGCUGGUGUCAACCAAUGACCAUGACCGUGUCCUUGCCAUCCUCGACCAGCUCUGCAACGAGUACGCUUAUGCCAUCCACAACCCGCAUGCCCGCAACGGCGGCCUGAUAGGCCUUGCCGCUGCCGCCAUCGCCCUCGGCCCAGAGCUGCCGAGAUAUCUCGAGAAAAUCGUGCCCCCUGUGCUGGCCUGCUUUACCGACCAGGACGCCCGGGUGCGAUACUACGCGUGCGAGGCCCUGUACAACAUUGCAAAGGUCGCCAAGGGGGAGAUCCUCAUCUACUUUAACCACAUAUUCGACGCCCUGUGCAAGCUGGGCGCCGACUCCGAACUCUCGGUCAAAAAUGGUGCCGAGCUCCUGGACCGCCUAAUCAAGGAUAUUGUAUCCGAGUCCGCAGCCACCUACGUGUCCGUCCUUGAGACGUCCCAGGACUUCUCGCUCGAUCCCGAGGCCAUCAAGGAGGGCAUCGAGGAUCGCGGGCCACUACCCACCGCCUUUUCGCUAAGACGCUUCAUCCCGCUGCUCAAGGAGCGCAUCUUUGUCAUCAACCCUUUUACGCGCACCUUCCUGGUUGGCUGGAUCGUGUUGCUCGACUCUAUCCCGGACCUUGAGCUCGUCACGUUCCUGCCCGAGUUCCUGGGUGGUCUGUUGCGCUUCCUCAGCGACGCCAACCGGGACGUCCACGUCGCCACCCAGGGCUGCCUAGACAAGUUCCUCAACGAGAUCAAGCGCAUCUCGAGGAUCAAGAAGGGCAUCGCCGAGAGCAAGAAGUCCAAGGGCGGUAAGGGCGAGGGCAAGAGGAAGCGUGAGGACUCCCUGGACAGCACCAGCGUCCGCGGCGUCCCCGCGCCUGACGACCUAAACGAGACCGACUCGCAGACGGCCCACGACGACGACGAGGUUGGCGAAGACGACGACGACGACGAAGCCAUCACCAGUGACGAGGACGACUGGAUUCCUGGCCAGGACGUCCAGAUCGAGUACAAGGCGAUCCUGGAGAUCCUCACUGCCACGCUCGACUCGCCAUUGGAGGAAGAUGGCUUGCUCGAGUCUUUACGAUGGAUUGUCGAUUUUCUCGAUAUCUGCCCGGAGGAGGUGCUCCCUUUCACGCCAAAGAUUUUGGCCCACCUCCUCCCGGCCAUGGCCAGCGGUGUCGAAUCGAUACGCCUGGCUGCCGCCAGGGUCAACACGUCCUUGAUGAACUAUGUGAUGUCGCUCUCGGAUGAGCCUGAAAUUGCGCCAGGCCAGUCUGUACCGCGCCUGCCAGCCCCACACCCUGAAAAACCGGACAAGCAAGACGGCGGUGGUCACACCCACAGCGCGCGGCCUUCCCUCUCGGGCUCUACUCGGGACCUUGAAGUGAGGAGCCCGACGCCGGGCCUGGCCAACCGGGCUGCCGCCGCAACCCCUGUGCCGUCAGUCACGGCUCCUAGUGCGCCCGCGACCCAGGCGGCUGGAGCUGUGCAUCCCCAGGCAGAUUUGGACUACGCCGCCGCCGUCAACUCCCUGACGCUCUUGUUCCUGAAUGAUCACGAGGCCACGCGAGUGGCCGCGCUGACGUGGCUCAUAAUGCUACACCGCAAGGCGCCCAGGAAAGUCCUCGCCUUCAACGACGGAACCUUCCCCGCUCUGCUCAAAACACUUUCGGAUCCGGCAGAGGCGGUCGUCACCAAGGACCUGCAGCUUCUCUCGCAGAUCUCGCGCAACAGCGAGGACGACUACUUCUCCAACUUUAUGGUCAACUUGCUGCAGCUCUUCUCUACUGACCGCAAGUUGCUAGAGACACGCGGCAACCUGAUCAUCCGCCAGCUCUGCGUCAGCCUCAGCGCCGAGCGCAUAUACCGCACGCUGGCAGACUGCAUAGAGAAGGAGGAAGACGUCGAGUUUGCAAGCAUCAUGGUCCAGAAUCUGAACAACAACCUGAUCACGGCACCCGAAUUGUCGGAUCUGCGCAAGAGGCUGAGGAACCUCGAGACCAAGGACGGCCAAACAUUCUUUGUGGCCCUGUUCAGGUCGUGGUGUUACAACGCGGUGGCCACCUUCUCGCUCUGCCUGCUCGCGCAGGCAUACGAACAGGCAUAUAACCUUUUGCAGAUAUUCGCCGAGUUGGAGAUGACCGUGAGCAUCCUGAUCCAGAUCGACAAGCUGGUGCAGUUACUCGAAUCGCCAGUGUUUACAUAUCUCCGCCUUCAAUUGCUUGAGCCAGAGAAGUAUCCGCAUCUAUACAAGUGCCUUUACGGACUCCUGAUGUUGCUGCCCCAAUCAUCGGCCUUCGCGGCCCUCAAGAACCGCCUCAACAGCGUGAGCUCGAUUGGGUAUCUGCAUAUCGCACCUAGACCCGGAACCACCACUCCCAGCAGCGGGUCCAACUAUGACAGGAGCAACCGACUCAAGGGCCGCGAAGAGGGCAUCAUCCGCUGGGCGGAGCUGCUCGAGAAGUUCCGGAGCGUGCAGGAGCGCGCGAGGCGGGCGCAGCGGCCCGGUGGAGUUGGAGAUCUCGACGACGGAGGCCCAGGUCUCGAUCUGCGUCUCGGGGAGAGCCUAGACGCAAAGCCCGCCAAGGACGCCAGAGCCCAACCGCCUCCGGUCCCGCUCAAAGAUGCUCCGGCGCAGGCGAAGCCGAGGGCUGGACUUGGACGACCCGUCUUUGGGAGGUUUGGCGGAGCUGGAGGCGGGAGAGCGAAGCGAGGCCAACAGUGAGAGUGCCGAUCCGUUCCUGGCGAGGCCAGUCAACUCCCUCGGCUACAGGAUCUCCAUGUUUUCUGUAUUCGUUAUUCGCUUUGUUUUUGUUAUAGAGAGUCUGGUCACACCCCGUCUAACUACACAACACUAGGCAAUAUUUUGCUAGUGUGCGAGUCUUCUUUUCUCCUUACUUAUCUUUUUCCUUCCUCUUGUUUUGUUUUGCUCUUCAUAUUUUCUCUGCUGUUUACCGCAGCUUUUUUUGCAUUGUAAUGAUACCAGGCAAUCAUUUAUGGGCUCGCAGAAGAAUGAUGCCCAGCCACCCGA